AUGGCGGAGAAUAGAAGUUCGGAAAACGUCGUUAUGCCGGACAUUACCGAAGUAAGCGAACCCGAUCCUCUGUCGACAGCUGCCGAGCACGAUACCGAUUGUUCUGAUGGCGAUACCGUAUUAUCGGCAAGUAUCAAAGAUACAAGACGUUCAAGCGAUUCAAACGGUGUGGUUACGGUCCCCGUAUCACUGCCAGUUGGCACGCUCAUUACUGGCACCACAUUUAAUGUCAUAACUUCUGACCAAUUGCAACACUUUAAACCUAUGAUAUGUGUUGAUAAUGGUUUUAUAUCAGGUGGUCCUGUACAGGAAGAUAUAAAGCCUACUCACAUAGUAAUCCAAAACACUUCGUCAACGACUGCUGCUCGUGAACAAAAGAGCCAUGAAACAGGUUCUAAUUCCACUAGUAAUAGAUCAAUGACCAAUCGAUCAUGGGUCGAAACUGCCAACAUGCCUAUUCUCCCUAUUAGAUGUAAGAACACUUCAGCAGAACUACAUAAACAAAGGUUAGGAUCUGGAGGCCGUGGAAGAUGCAUCAAAUAUGGAAGUGAAUGGUACACUCCCAGUGAAUUUGAAGCUCUUUGUGGGCGAGCAUCAAGCAAGGACUGGAAGAGAUCUAUAAGAUUUGGUGGGAGAAGUAUUCAGGCUUUGAUUGAUGAAGGGAUAUUGACACCUCAUGCUACUAGCUGCACUUGUGGUGCUUGCUGUGAUGAUCAAACUGGAAAUUUAAUUUUUUUUCCAGCAAUGGGACCUGUAAGACUAUUUACCCCAUACAAGAGGAAGAGAAAAAACCAAGAUGGAACAGAUGAGAAGAAUGUGAAAGUAAAGCGUGAUACUUCGUUGAGUGAUGCUGAAGUAGACAGUAUUCAUCAGACAAGUAGCAAUAGUCAUUCAAAAGAAGCGUGGCAGAGUAUAGCUGAGGGAUUGGACACAAACUCGGAUUAUCAUUUGUUAGCAAGUCCUGAACCUCCACCAGAUAUAACUGCAGCUAUUCCAGACAUGACAAAAGUAUUGAAACGGCUCGAAGAUAUCGGUCAGAAUCUUACACGGUUAUCUGGCGAGUUGAAGCAAUGUGUUGAAGACGUUAAGAUCAUGAGCACGAGACAGAUGGAGAGAUUGGAACAGGAGCGUGCGUCCGCUUUACUAGCAGCGAGUAUGGAUGCUCAUGUAGAGGCGGAACAGGUCUCAUUACAUAAUGUUGACGAAUCUGAAGCUAAGAAGUGUGCGAACUGCAAUCGGGAAGCUUCUGCCGAAUGCUCACUCUGCCGUCGGACGCCGUAUUGCUCGACAUAUUGCCAAAAAAAAGACUGGGCUGCACAUCAGAUUGAAUGUCUCCGAUCCGUGCCUACAAUACACACAGACGCACAACAGCACCAGUCCAUUAUGCUAAUUGUAGAAAGCCCGCAUCAAUAG